GAGUUUUGCAAUGAUAAUGGUUCCCAAAUGGGAUUACUAAACUGCUCUAUCUCACCAUCAGAAGCUUCACAGACUUGCAGCUCAGCCUAAUUCCACAACUUCAUGGUUUCUUCAGUGGUCUUCUGUGGAGUUCUCUGGAGCGAGAGGCAUCCAUGCACGUUCACUGAGCAGCAUGUUCCAGGAGGAGUACCAUGAGGAGAUGGACAGUGAGUAAGAGUGUGUCUGCAUGCUGGUCGGUGUGUGUCGUGUAUCUUCUCGUGGUCUCCGUCAGCUGUGGCCGCGCAUGUCCCGUGCAGAAGGCGCUCAGGGUCGACAACUCUUCAUCUUCUUCUUCAUCCUCAUCCACCUCCACCUCAGGCCGGCAUGUGCGCAGUUACGUGCACCUCCAGGGAGACGUGCGCCAGAGGAAACUCUUCUCCUUCCAGAAGUUCUUCCUUAGGAUCGGGAAAGACGGGAGAGUCAACGGCACCAAGAGAAAAGACGAUCCCUACAGUAUUUUGGAGAUCACGUCAGUGGAUGUUGGGAUCGUUGCCGUCAAAGGUCUCGGCAGUAACCUUUACCUGGCCCUCAGUAAGAGAGGAGAACUGUACGGAGCGAGGAACUAUGGUGUAAACUGCCGUCUGAAGGAGCGCAUCGAGGAGAACGGGUAUAACACAUACGCAUCCGCCGAGUGGAGGAACAAGAAACGACAGAUGUUUGUAGGUCUGAGCGCUCAUGGAAGGUCUCUGCGUGGGAGAAAAACCCGCAGGAAGAACACAGCUACACACUUCUUACCCAUAAUGCUGUGACAUUUGUGACGCAAUGCUGACGGGAUGGAGAGAGACACUUUGUCCGCACGCGCCUCUCUUUGCUUUGCUCCUUCAUUAUAACUUUAUGCUCACGCCAGCUGAAAUUAAGUGGUCAACAUUCUCAAAAGAGCAUGAAUGUUUCAUUUCCAUUGUGCGUUAUUCCAGUGAUCUGUUAUUGUGGAUUAUGUGUG